GUCGUGUGUGCUUCCUACUUUCGCAUCAGAGAAGCUGUGUUUGACAGGGAAGAGUGAAUUUUCAGAAGUUAUUUCUUCUGUCUCGUAUCUGUCUGGGCUGAGAAAAAAUCCGGAACACACUGAAAACAUAAGCGCUGCCGAUGGUGACCUACGACAUGAGAGAGAUGAGAGUGAGGAAGAGCUACGGGCCCAAACUUCGGCGGUAACAUCGGCUGUCGUGGCAAGCUAGGUAGCUAGAGCGCCACGUCACUGGACCAACCCGUGGAGACCACGCUGAAAGAGGGGGACCUGACUGGCCAUAUUAUAUUCAGUAUCCAAGUUAAAGAUAGCAGACGCUGACCAUUUCUCCUUGGUCAUUCGGAUAUAAAAUUUGUACCCUACUGAGAGUAAAAAUGACGUCGUCUAACUGGGGUUUAAUUAUGAACGUUGUGAACAGCAUUGUGGGUGUCAGCGUGCUGACCAUGCCCUUCUGCUUCAAACAGUGUGGUAUAGUGUUAGGCACUCUCCUGCUUUUCUUCUGCUCCUGGAUGACCCACCAGUCCUGUAUGUUCCUGGUCCACACAGCCAGUAACACCAAGCGCAGGACAUACGCCGGACUGGCUUUUCAUGCUUUUGGUAAACCAGGGAAGGCUCUUGUUGAAUUAAGUAUGAUAGGCUUAAUGCUGGGAACAUGUAUUGCCUUCUAUGUCGUCAUUGCAGACCUGGGGUCCAACUUCUUUGCUCAGCUAUUAGGUCUUCAGGUAACAGGCAGCUUCCGUGUCGUUUUGCUGAUUGCAGUGUCACUGUUCAUUGUGCUACCUCUGAGUCUGCAGAGGAACAUGAUGUCAUCUAUCCAGUCAUUUUCAGCCAUGGCACUGAUUUUUUACACCCUCUUCAUGUUCACGAUAGUGUUGUCUUCUCUGCGUUACGGCAUUAUCAGUGGGUCAUGGGUGGAGCGAGUGCACCUUUGGCGCAUCAAGGGGGUGGUGCAGUGUCUGCCAAUUAUCGCCACUACCUUCUGCUGCCACCCGCAGGUGCUGCCAACAUAUGACAGCCUGGAUGAGCCCUCAGUCAAGAGAAUGAGUACCAUCUUUACCUCUUCUCUCAAUGUUGUCACCACCUUCUACAUCACUGUGGGAUUCUUUGGCUAUGUGAGUUUCACAGACACAAUAGCUGGAAACGUGUUGAUGAAUUUCCCCUCCAACCUGGUGACAGAGAUGAUCCGAGUGGGCUUCAUGAUGUCUGUGGCAGUCGGCUUCCCCAUGAUGAUCCUGCCCUGCAGACAGGCUAUCAACACCAUGCUGUUUGAGCAGCAGCAAAAGGAUGGCACGUUUGCUGCUGGUGGAUACAUGCCACCCCUUCGCUUCAAGAGCAUUACACUCUGCAUCGUCUUCGGCACUAUGUUGGGGGGUAUCCUAAUCCCAAAUGUGGAGACUAUCCUGGGUCUGACAGGAGCCACUAUGGGCAGUUUGAUCUGUUUUAUCUGUCCUGCUCUCAUCUACAGGAAAAUCAUGAAGAACGGCCUUAUAGCUCAGCUAGUUUUGUGGGUUGGCCUUGGGAUUCUGCUCUUGAGCACCUUCACCACUUUGUCCAUCUCCAGUGAGACGACACAACCAGGUCCACCUGCUAUACCCCCAAAAAUAGUCAACAGGCAGUCUGGCUUUGCUGUGACAGAGCUGCCCAAACACCCCGCUGAAGAAACCCCGGUGGCUCCAGUGCCUGCCGUGGACCAGGUCCCACCUGCAGGGCAAGAGUUGGGCCCAGAGGAGAAGGACCCGGCUGAGCCACCACAGAUUAAAGGACCUAUAGAUAUUCCUGAAAUGAAAAAGAAAGAAAAGGUGCAGUUGGACCGGCCUGAAGCAGAAGUUGCAGUGCCUGAUGGAGAGGCCCAUCGCCAUGAGCCACCCAUCCCUCAUGAAGGAAAGAUAGAGGAGCAUAAAAACCGAGAGAAACCCGAUGAAGAAAAGAACCAGCCUGUUAUAGAGGAACAGAAGUUAGCCCAGCAGGAAGCAGGGCAGGUACCAGAGAUCCCGCAAGAGAAGGCAAAGGAGGUGCCUAAAAAGCAGGAAGGUGUAGAAAAUCGUUUGGCCCAUGAUGUGGAUGAUGGGGCUAAAGAACAGAAGCAGUUGGAGCCAGUGGUGGUGGUGCAAAAGGAUCCAUCUUUAAUGAAGGAACAAGCUAAGAAUGAAGCAGCUGCUGAUAAAUCAGAAGAGACCAUUAAAAAAGCGGUUGAACCUGAGCUUGGAAACAAGCCUGUGGCUGUGGUCCCUGUGCCUGAGGUGCAUGAUGGGGCUCCCGUUCAAGAGCAUAAAGAGGAGAAGAGCCAGGAUGGGAAGGAUGGAGAUGGAGACAAGAUGGAGGUGAUUAAAAAGAUUGUUGCAGAGGGGGUGCUUGACCACGCUGUGCUGCUGCAAGUAAUUAAGGAGCAACAAGAGCAGCAGAAGAGGCUGUUGGACCAACAGGAGAAACUCCUGGCUGUCAUUGAGGAGCAACACAAAGAAAUUCAUCAGAAGAAGGAGGAAGAGGAUGAACCUAAAGUUGCUGGAGCUGAAGCUGCAGCAGAAAUGGGCAAAGGUGUGCACCAGCAGCCUGAUCUAAUGGAGGGAGCAGGGAAGGUGAAAGCUCCUGAACUGGGCUCAGAGCACCAUCAGGAAAUCGCACAUGUCCACGAACAGCAAGCCCAUGGUGGGAAAAAUGCAGCAGAGGAGCUUGACAUACCUGCUCAACAUGACCCAGCACAAGAUGAUGCUGUGGUGAAUCAAAAGCAGGAGAAGCAGCCUCCUCAAGGAGUGAACAAUGUUGGUGUUGGAGAAGCACUGCCUGUAGAUGGAGACUUGCAGAAAGAGCUGGGUGCGAGAGGGGUUCCGCUGCGCCAACGUGAGCCUGACCCUGGCAAAGACAAACUAGAAAAGCCCAAAGAUGACCUGGAGCAGCUAAAGCCUGAAGAUAUUGCAGCAGAAGAGGAGAGAGUAAGACAGAGGCUUGCCCAGCUGGAAGCUGAGAAAGAGAGGAUAGAGAAAGAAAGGCUGGAAAAAGAGAAGAUCGAGAAGGAAGUGCAGGCCAGAGUGGAGAGAGAACGGAAGGAGAGGGAGAAACAAAUGAAGCUGGCACGAGAGCAAGAGCUGGAACGUGCGCGCCAAGAGAAAGAACAGUUAGAGAAAGGGAGACUGGAAGCAGAGAGACUACAGAAAGAAAAGGAGAAGACUGAUAACGAGCUUGUAAAACUGGCUGAGAAGGAGCAGAAGAUGCAAGAGCAGAUCCAGAAACUGGCCCAGAUGCAGCAGGUGAUAGACAGAAAGCAAGACGUCAAUCAGAAUGAGGUCAAAAUUAAACAGGGCCACGCGCCUGAACCUCUGAAGAAAGGGGGCAGGGACCUGAAGGAGAAUUUAGUUCCUGAAGGACAGGAGCCUCGGAAAGAUGAGAAGAGCAGAGAAGAGGGAGAUACAGACCUGAGGAGGAGGCGCAGGGCGCUGGGGGCUGAGGAGAGAGGUGUGCCUGGGCUCGAGCCCUUGCUGGAGCUGGGAGGGUCAGACCUCCAUGCAGCGCUAGAGGAUCAGCUGUUGGCUGGAGCUGUUGUCCAUUCCCGCCAGAUUAAACAGACUCCACAGAGGCAAAACUCUGAAUAGGAGGAUUAAAAAAUAAUGUAAACACACAGAGACUUCAGAGAAAGUUUUUUUUCUAGUUUUUGGACCCAGGAUAUCGCUCCCUCUUUCUCUCAUAGUAAAAUACUUUUUUUCCCCCUCCAAAGAUACAAAUUUUUCAUCAACAGUUCACAGUGCAAUAUUAAAAUAUAUACAGUAAAUUAAACUUGGUUCAAGACUGAAAGGUUGUGUCACUGGAGCAUGCCCACUAAAGGAAACAUUUACUCCACAGCUAGACAGAGGUGGAAUGUACUUAGUAGUUAUACUUUUCAAGGGUUCUGUCUGUGCUUUACUUUAAUAGGUCUGCUUAUGUUAUUUUAAAAGUGAAAUCCCAAUUUUACUCACAUUUACACACAUUUUCUCAAACAUAAAUGGACAUACUGAGGAUUCCUGUUUUAAGCAGACCUCAGAAGUCCUGUCAUCAUUCUGUAUUCAGUGUCCCGCCCAGAUUUUUUUUUCUCUAUGGGACAAACCAGUGGCAUGUGCCUUUUGGUAAACAAUGUUCCUGACUCAGUACAUUUUGCCAAACAUACUUUUUUCCUGCUAACGUCACUUGAUCCUCUAAAUUACAAGACUAUUAAAGAGUCUAAAUAUGACUAUUGCAAAAUCCAAACUAACACUGCUGUGCAUAAAACUGACAGCCUCUCAAAAAAUACACCACACAACCAGUAAUGGGGGAACUGUACAUGAGAAGAGGUAUCAUGUUUUGAACAUAUUUCUUUACCACAAGGUGCGAUAGCUUUGAUUUCCUGCAUCAAUUGUCUUUUCUUUUUUUUUUUUUUUUUUGGGACUCAGCAUUCCUAAUACGGGCAUGACUCUGACUACAGAGGUGUGUUAUCUUUUGUGGAGUAACAAUUCGGUUUCUUUUUUCUUCCCAAAACAUUUUUAUGGUCAAUGACACCAAGUCGGUAUUUGUGUCAGGGCCUGUGUUUUGAUGCUUUUGACUUCAUUGAUUAUACACCAGUACUUGGUACUUGGACACACUAUGUUCAUUCUAAAUAAUAACCAUGGGUCACAUUGUCUUGAAGUCAAGAGACUUUGGAUAUGAAAGAGGUAUGAAUCAAAGAGAUGUCCAGCAGCUUAGGGUCAGAUGUGAGUCAUAAACUAAGCAUUUCAGCAAACCUUCUGAUGAACAUGCUUAGUUUUACAUUUAGUGGUUGAGGGUCACUUUGACACUUGAGAAAUUUUAAGAGCAUCUACCACCAUCUCAAAUAGGCUUAAUAGCUGUCGGCAAGAGCAACCAGUACUUACACACCUGUGCUCUCUUCUGCUUCUGUGCAGCAGACGUAGUGCACUAGACUAAGUCAUGUCCUAGAACAGCUAAGUGGUUGCGGGAACAUUAUUACACUCAAUGUAAAGGUUGGGAUGUAUGUCAGUAGUAUGUUCCAUCCAGUUGUCUUUAUUUCCAAAGAUUUGAGUCCAUCGUUUGUUGUGUUAUUUAUAUGAGGUCAAGGCUUCAUGGAUUUGUGCAGUGUGUUUUAGGUCAUUUGAAUGCACUUCCACUGUUAUUUUAUAUAGUAAGCUGAAAAGUUUCUUGUUUAAUGACAAAUGUAUGUAAAACAUUCUCUGAAGUGAGAUAUAACUGAGUGCUGGAGUUGACUGUUUAUAAUCCAUAUACAUUUGAUUACUGGACCUAUCACUGUAAAAAUACCCAAGUUGCCAGCUUUGCUCUGUUUUAAGUUGUCUUGUGGAGAUGCUGUGCUGGUGAGCUUGCUUUGAACCUAAGAGUCAUGUCAAAGGCAGUAUUUGGAAAGCUGCAUAACAAAAAGUGAAGUUUUUCCUCAUAUGCUGCCUCUCACAGCGCUCUGUUCAAUUGUGGCUCCAACUUUAUGGCCAUUGAUGUCCACACAGAUGAGGGCUACAUGAGGUGCCUGGGUCAUAAUUACACACCUUGAAUAAAAUUGUUUUCAAAUGCUUGGAGCACUUUGCGAAUGUUCCAUUAAUAGAAGGUAAUGGGAACGUAAAUGAUACAUUACAAAAAAAUGUAAUAGUGAAGUUUCAUGAAAUUCUAUUUUUCUAGACCUAAAUGUUUUGUAAUUUAUUUUUCGGGAUGGCUGUGCUCAAUACAAAUUAACUUUCCCAACUGUCAAUGGUUAAUUUGCUAUUUAUAAACAUUGUAAGGUUAAUUUCCAACAAAUAUAAAGCAAAUGUAUCUUUAUUCUUGCUUAAGUCAUUUGAUGUUUGAGGUUGUUUGUUUAUAAUUACAAAAUGUAUUUUUUCCUGUGUUGGUGUUUUUUGCUCACAAGACCUGAAAGAUACUGUGAGGACUAAAAUUGGACCAUUUUAACAAAUAUAAUUUCCAUUUUGUGUGGGUUUAAUCCAUAGUGUUCAGAAAGUGUGCAGUAUUUUUCAGGGUCUGGUUCUACAUUCCUUGUUCCUAUCUACAAAUGUUUCAUGUUUCUAGUGCCUUGUGGGUGUCGCUCCCACACUGAGUGUUCUUGCUCUUCCAGUGCCUCCUAUAACUUGUGGUUUUAUUCCUUCACUGAGAGUACUCUGAGUGACCCCGGUGUGGUUUAAGUGCUAGUGUUUUUGGUUAAGUCUGCUUCAACCGGUCACUCUGUUUCUAAGUCUUCUACUCAUUGUCUAUUUAUCAGAUUGAACCUAAUCUUUAGAUACCUGCAGGAGUUUUGAUGAGGACGUGUUUGGACACUUGACCAAUGAAGACUUUUGUUUUGUGGAGGAUAUGAAUGACAUUUUUCCCUCAAGCAACCUUUGAGUGGAAAUAUUGUUUACCACAUCCCUUGUGUUUCAGGAAUAAAGUUCAAUGUAAAUAA